AUGACGAGUGUGAAAGUUAUGUACAGCAUGUAUGGAGACAUUCAUCGCCAUGUUUUCAAGGAAGCGACAUUUACCGUUCCGGAUACCACAACUGGCUUCAACCUUGACUUCACCCGCCUAGGCUCAAUUAAAUUUGAAGUUAGAGACAUCCCUGGAAAAGGCAAAGGCAUCAUCGCAACAGACUACAUUCGGCGCGGCGAGCGCAUCCUCGCCAACACGGCCUCACUCAUGAUCGACUACGCCGUCUUCAGCGAUCUCGACUACAAUAUAUACACCGAGCUACAAGCUUACGCCGUCGACCAUCUACCUCUGGCCCACCGUGAUGCGAUCCUGAAUCUCUCCUCUCACAACGCUACGAACCUUACCUACACCCAGCUCCUCGAUCGCAUCAUCGCCACCAACAUGUUUGACAUCGAACCCGAUGAAGACGAUCCGUUCGAGGAGCCGUUCGCCGUCGUCUUCCCCGAUAUUGCCCGACUCAACCACGACUGUCGCCCCAAUGCUGACUAUCGCUUCUCGCAUGCCUCACUGGCGCAGACAGUAGUUGCCUCCCGCGACAUCAUGCCCGGCGAGGAGAUCACCAUCUCGUACAUCGACCCGCUUCAGCCGCACAAAGAGCGUAUGGCCAAGCUUGUGCGGUCCUGGGGUUUCCAAUAUGCCAGGAUCAAGCAAAUUUUGAGGUUGAGGGAAGAGCUGCGAAACUGGAAAGUCACGAGCCGUGUUUUACCGCAGAUGGCCGAAGUACUGGUGACAUUAUAUGAAUUGGAGAGACUAUGGGGUGAGAUCUAUCAGGCCUAUUCGCUUGCGGCAUUGGCCUAUAAUGCUGUGGGCGACGAGUGGAUGGCCGUGAAGUAUGCCCAUUUAGCUAGGGAGUGGGGGCUACCGAUGGUCAGGGAGGACGAUGCAGAUAUGGAGGAAAUGGCAAAACUAGCAGGGAAUCCGAGCGAACAUUGGAGCUGGAUGAAGAGGGUGAGGAGGGAUGAGAGCCAUGCCAUGCCCGACAAACCUUCCAAGCUGGACACGGCAAAGGCGAUUGAAGCGAUUCGCGAUGCUCGUCCCCCUGCGACGGACCGGUUCACGUACUUGACUAUCAUCGAAGCAAACCUGUGCCCCGAGGUCCUCCCGACCUUGAACGAAGUGCUGCAGGAUGCUGAACUGACGCAGGAGAUUGGCUGGGAUCUGGUCUACAACCUGGUCAAUCUCCCAGGCUCUGAGAAAUGUCUCGAGACCGUAGCCAGACUGGGCAAUCCGCGCGAGGUCAUCCUCAAGGUCCUCGAAACACUCGAACUGAUGGCCGACGAGGAAGAGGAAGAGGAGGAAGAGGAGGAAGAUCAAGAUGAGCAAACAGACAAUGAUGAGCCUCAACAAAAACUAGUGGUUUCCCGAACGCAUAAGUUCAUUACCCUCGUCGGAAUGCUUGCAAUCUUGCACAAGCGCAUUAAGACAAAAUACCCUAGCCGGUUUCUUGCGCAGACGCUACACACCGUCUUCAGCACGUACAAGCCAGCCAGCCACGAAAUGACCGCAGCUAUCGUCAACCUGGUGCACAGCCUAUCAGGCCGGCGUAGGCCGCCGCUGCCGACACGUCAGUCGAGCGUCAACGUAGCCAACCCGGACCAAGAUGGCGAUUCCUCGAAGAAUGCGCCGGACCCUGAAGCGGAUGAUAAAGAGGGGAAGGAAGAUCCGACAGAGGCAGAACUGCAGCGGAAGCUGUUGCUUAGUUUUGUGAUUUGCGUUCUGGAGGCGUAUGUCAAUGGGAAUGAUAUGGCAUGGGCAGCUAGACUGCUGGAGUUUUAUAACCCAACUAGGGUGGUGCCAGGGAGAAGAACUCUGAUGGCGGCCUUUCGAGAGAACCGGGAACUGCAGGCUAGGGAUUCUAUGGUUGGCAAGUUGGUGUCCCUCAUAGCCGAUUUACGGCUAGAGAAGUGCUCCAAGGACUUCAUUCACCAAGUGUGCGAAGGCCCAGUACAUACGCAGCCCUUGACAGAACCCAACGACCUCACAACACCAGACCAUAUCUCCCUGUCAACAGGUGGAUGCAUCUGUCUGAUCGCAUACUGGGUAUUUGCAGCGACUGUUUUCAACGCCACCACCCACCCUUGCCCCGAGAUGUACAUCUUCCCCGAGCACCUCACCCUCCUUGACAAAUUUCUCCGACAAGAUGCUCACUCUCAAAUCAACAACUCGCCUGGUACUGCCGAUGCGCUAGUCACUGUUGGCAUGUGGCUGCACCGCAACAACCUAAUCGCCAGUGACCCGUCUUCUCCCCUUACCAACCCCACAAAGACCUCCCCCGAAGACCCAACCUCCGAUUACAUGCGUUACAUCCACCUGACAACACUUGUUGCGCUGUAUCACCCGCAACUUCAAGCGCGCAACGCGGCUAGCACGCUUGCGGCCCUCGUGCUGCACGCCGACCCGUCGGACGAGGACCGCCUGCGCAUCUUUUACGACCUGCUCGAGAACUGCACGUUCGCAGUGCUCAAGGCCCGGGCAGUCGCGUGGCUGCGGGAGGCGAUUAUCGCGGCCUCACAACAUCAUAAGGAAAAGAACGCGUUUGCUGGCCCGCAUGCGCUGGAAACUCUGCAGUAUGUCGUCUUUCCCAGCCUGGGCGAGGUCCUCCUGGAGGACUUGGACGAGGCGAUGGAGUUCCUGGCAGCGAAUGCGCCGUUUUUACUACAGGCAGUGAACUUCGCUCUGUUUCUCUGGGGGUCAAAGCCGGGGUUACCGUCUGUGGUAGAGUGGAGCGUUACAUUGCUUGAACUUCGCGAGUUCAAGGCCAAGCUCUCCGCUGGCAAGCGUCAUGCCAAGACGUUGGCGUACUAUGGCGGGUUUCGUGUGGAAGGAAAAGAGCAGGAAGAGAGAGCGAAGACCCGAUCCAACUGGGCUAACCUGGCAUGGAAAAAGAAACAGCAAAGGGGUCCAGGAGACGAAGAUGAAGACGAUAGCCCAUACAGCCGCUUCCGCUUCCACAAUGAUAACUACUACACCAAGGGCCACGUCUCAAAGCAUGAUGGUAGACUGAACAUAUCGCUCAUCAAUACUAGAAGCACGGGUUAUCUUGCCAAGGCGUUGGGCACGGCUAAACGAAAAAUGGCAAAGUUUCCUGAGGUUCUGAAGAAAGAAUAUGAGCACGGAGCCGGAGCAGAAACAGAUGUUCAACAGUCUCCCUUCGAAGCUGGGACGGCAGCCGUGACCCAACAACAACAACAACAACAACAACAACAACAACCUUUACAGUACGGAUCGCGACACACCCAGCUUUCCGGGAAUCUGUCGAGCAACAGCAUGAAGAACUCAAUCGUGCUUGGAAAGCAGAAGGAGGGGGCGAUCCGAAAAAAAAGAGGAACCAUUGAGUUCUUCUCUGUUGGUGGCUCACCCUCUGAACUGAUGGCCUUUAUGGUCAAGAACCCAGGAAUGAUUCCAACUCUGUCAACCGUCAAAUCCGGUGACGUAGGUCGCCGCCGAGCCGCAAUGCGGGAUAUGUUCGCAGGGUUUUGGCGAGCGUGCAUCAACGCUACGGAUGGGGAAGAAGAAACAUCAAAUGUGACACUAAUGCGCAAGCAAGAUCCAUUUGUUGCCGACGCUAUCAUCGCCAACCCGCCUAGCUUCGCUCAUAUCCACUGCGCUGAGGCACUCGGCAUCCCGGUCCACCUUAUGUUCACUUUCCCGUGGAGUCCAACACAGGCGUUUCCACAUCCCCUAGCCCGGAUACGGCAGAAAAGUAGCAAUGUUGAUCCGGGUUAUGCUAACUUCAUCUCCUAUCCACUCGUUGAAAUGAUGGCAUGGCAGGGGUUAGGGGACUUGGUGAAUGAAUUCCGGACGAAGACCCUCGGUCUGGAUCCUGUGUCGACACUGUGGGCUCCAGGAGCAACAUACAGACUGCACGUACCAUUCACAUAUCUAUGGAGUCCGGCGCUGGUUUCGAAGCCGGCAGAUUGGGGCGAAGAGAUAGAUGUGGCAGGAUACGUAUUCCUGGAUCUCGCAUCGUCAUUUAGUCCCCCCGAGCCGUUGGCCCGCUUUCUAGAAGCAGAGGAGGAGCCCCCUGUGUACAUCGGGUUUGGUUCUAUUGUUGUUGAUGACGCCGAUCGCUUCACGGAGAUGAUAUUUCAGGCGGUCAAGCUGAGUGGCGUGCGCGCUUUGGUAUCAAGGGGAUGGGGAGGGCUUGGAGGUGAUGGUCUUGAUGUGCCCCCUGAGGUAUUUCUGCUUGAGAAUACACCACACGACUGGUUGUUCCCACGGGUCCAGGCCUGCGUGAUCCACGGCGGGGCAGGAACCACAGCAAUUGCUCUGAAAUGUGGGAAACCAACCAUGAUAGUGCCAUUCUUUGGGGACCAGUACUUCUGGGGCACCAUGGUAGGGGAGGCUGGAGCAGGGCCGUCUCCCGUGCCAUACAAGCGUUUAACAGCCGAAAAAUUGGCAAUCGGAAUCCGAUACCUUUUGACUGAUGAAGCAAAGAAAGCGGCAAGAAGAAUCGCCCAUGACAUCGAAAAGGAGGGUGAUGGAGCGGAUAAUGUCUGUCAUGCUUUUCACAAGGCCUUGGUGUUGCGAGGGAAAAGAUCGAUGCGCUGCUCCAUUUUACCUGAUAAGGUGGCUGUCUGGCAGAUGAAAGGGACCGAUCUGAGGUUGAGCCCCAUCGCUGCAGAAUUAUUGGUUAAGAAGGGCUUCGUGUCAUGGAAAAAGCUUCGGUUGCUGAGACACAACGAGUGGAAUGACUUUGAAGGACCGGGGGAGCCGCUGACAGGCGUGGCAGGGUCGUUGAUGACAUCGGUUGGGAAUGUGUUUAGUGGAAUUGGAGGAGUUCCAUACAAAGUUGCAAAGACGACUAAGAAAAGAAGAGAAGAGAGGGAAAAGAGGAAACACACUCACCGAAAAACACAAGUUGAGACAACAACCACACACGCCAUCGAUCAUGGCAGGUCAUCCUCAACAGACAUGGGUACAGCCGAAGAUGUCGCACGCCAAGUCGGGAGAGGAGUUUACAAAACGAUAUCAGCGAUUGCACGUACUCCUGUUGAUGCAUCUCUGGCGCUCGCCCAAGGCUUCCACAACGCUCCGCGGUUGUACGGCGAUGACACAGUGCGAACACCAACGCGAGUAACCGGCAUCAAGUCUGGACUUAAAGCAGCAGGGCGCGAGUUUGCGUAUGGCAUCUAUGACGGUUGGACUGGUAUUGUGCGGCUCCCGGUGCAAGGAGCUCGCGAGGGGGGUGUACGGGGCUUGGUGUCUGGAGUGGGAAAAGGGUUGACGGGAUUUGUUCUAAAGGAUAUUGCUGCUCUCAUCGGACCUGUGGGAUUCACCCUUCAAGGAGUGGUCAAACAAAUAGACAGAAGGCGCCAACCAUGGAAGUAUAUCCGACGAGCAAGAAUUGUCCAGGGUUAUAGGGAAUUGGCUGCUUUGGAUGCUGAGGAGGGGAGACGGGUCGAAGAUGUGGUUGCUGCCAGAUGGGGGCUGAUGAAGGAGCUGUGGGCAGUGAUGAUACGUGAAGAACGAAGAGAGCAAAAAGGUUUCCGGGGCAGUCUAAGGGUUGGUGCGCGAAAACUAAGGAAGGACAGAGAAUGGGCUGCGGCCUUCGAGGACGUCGAAACCGCAAAACAAGCUUUGGAUGCGCUGAGGAAGGGCGAUAGCCUUGAAACCGUCCUCAAAAGGUGCAACGAGGAGGCUAACAAGCCGGGCGAUGACAUGGUGAACGAGGGCACAAGCGAAAACCAGGUGUUCUUCCUGAAAAAAAUCAGGAGUCCCGAUGUUGACUCUGGUCACCAAGACAUCACGAGCAUGGAUGAAGAGAUCACAGGACUCGAGGUCCAAACAAAAGCAGAGGAAAAUCCCUUCUCAACAGCUACACCAACAACAUGUGGAAACAAAGCACAGAACAGGCAGACACUGCAAGCACUAGAGCUAGAGAGAUAA